AUGCCUGACAUGAGAGAACAAUGUUUCUGGACUUUGGACAAUGAAACAUGGCUAAUUCAAUACAUCACCACGCACCGUGCCAAGGGUGGAGAUGGGCUCAAUUUUGACAAGACAUUUUGGGCUACUGUUGCUGCCACGAUGACUGCCCAAGGCUCCCUGAAGACUUCUGAAGCAUGCCAGUCAAAAUGGUCUCGAAUCCAUUCAACCUUCAACAUCAUUGAUAGAUUGGCCAAUUAUUCUGGCUUGGAGUUCAGGCCAGAGCUUGGGGCCAACAUCACUGAUGCAUCUGAGUCUGUCUGGACAGAACUUGUGAAGAGUAUGCCUCAAGCAAAACAAUUCAAGAAUAAGGGAUGGCCGCACUACGAUGUGGUGAAGGAACUUUUGCCGUCAAAGGGAAGGGGGGAUGUUGCUCACCAUGCUACCGCUUGGCCCGUAGUGCCAGCCAAAGACUGCAGCUGCAGUACCACCAUGACUGGUACUACUGUUGUGCCAAACUUUGAAUCAGAGAAAGUGCUUGAUGCUAUCAAGCAUCCAAACCCUCAUGUCCCACCAGUGCCAGAUGAACCGCCCUCUCCAAUCAGAUUCAUUCCUUCAGAACAACCAAUGCUAUUUACUGGAAAUAGUAGGCUUCCAGAGGCUUCUGCCGCCUCCUCCACAUUAAGUUCAUCGAAGACACUGGGAAAACACAGGGCCAUAGCUGACGAUGAUGACUCACGGGCCAUGGGCCGCCCUCCUAACUCCACCAAGAUGGUUUUCAGCAGCACAUCAACAUCAAAAUCAGUGAAAUCACAGUGCCACGGCAUCUCAGACACCUUUGACUACAUGAGUGAUGAGAUUCAUGGUCCUAGGUUGUCCUUCGAUAAUGCAACGAGUGCAAUACAAGAACACAUGUCACAUAUGCACGAACAUAUGUCACAUGAUGUUGCACACUCAGUAGAUCCUGUCCCAGUAUGCAAACAAAGGGCAGUUGUGUGUGUGCAGCAGGAGGAGAGUUUGACUGACGUGCAGAUGGUAGCAGUUAUGAUGCACAUUCAAGCUGAUGUUGCGAUAGCUGAUAUGUACCUUUCCAUCCAGAAGGACGAGCUCCGCAGGUUGUACUUAUCACAAUACUUCAAUUAG